AUGGUGGUGAUGAAGAUGAAGUUCCCCUUUGAGAAAAGGGUGAAGCUAGCCCAGGGACUGUGGCUCCUCUCCUGGUGUGCCACAGUUGCCGGAGCUUUCACCUUCAGCCUGGGCUGCAUCCUCAAGACGGAGCUUCGCAGGAGGGCAGAGGUAAUGGAUAACUCGGACGUACACGUCGUGCCCAAUACCCUCAUGAUUGUUGGUCUGGCCUCCCUGGGAAUCAACUACUUUGCUUCAAAGGUCUGCCAGGACGCUCUGGAUGCCGGGCGGUUUCCUCGAUGGAAGAAAAUGCUGAAGCCCUAUUUCGCUGUCUCUUGCUUCUUCACUGUCCUCAUGCUGCUAGCUGUCAUCAUGAGCUAUGCGAUGAAGGGCAGCCUGGAGUCAUCCCUGAAGGUUGGCCUAAGGAACGGCAUCCGCUUCUACAAGGACACAGACACCCCGGGCCGCUGCUUCCAGAAACAGAACAUCGACCGCCUGCAGAUGGAGUUUCAGUGCUGUGGAAACACCGAUUUCAAGGACUGGUUUGAGUUCCAGUGGAUCAGCAACCGCUACCUGGAUUUCAGCUCCAAGGAAGUGAAAGACCGCAUCAAGAGCAACGUGGAUGGUCGUUACUUAGUAGAUGGAGUCCCGUUCAGUUGCUGCAACCCCAGCUCUCCACGGCCAUGCAUCCAGUCUCAGCUCACCAACGACUCGGCUCACUAUAACUAUGAAUACCAAACCGAGGAGCUCAAUAUCUACCUCCGAGGCUGCAGAGAGGCACUGGUCAACUACUACAUGGGCCUGAUGAACACAAUUGGGGCUGGAGUACUGUCAGUCUUCCUCCUCCAGGCGUCUGUGCUGGUGAGCCUGCGGUUCCUCCAGACCGCCAUGGAGGCAGUGGAGGGGAACGAGAACACAGAGAUUGAGACAGAAGGGUACUUGCUGGAGAAGUCGGUGAAAGAAACCGUCAUGGAGUACAUCAACCCUGUGAUGAAGUUCUUAAUGCUCAAAAACCAGGUCGAGGAGGGCACUCCUGGGAACCCAGAAGCCGCCUAA